GACGCCAUACUGUGGGUCCUAGAGCUAACUACUACGUCAUUAGUCGUCGCUUAAAAAAAUACAUAGCCACAAACAUUAGCCAGUCUAAUAACUUGUCUGAUAGCGGUUUAUUCUUUGGAAAUUUAAAAUAAUGGCAUUAGAAACGGUGCCAAAAGACCUUCGCCACCUCCGGGCCUGUCUGCUGUGUUCUCUUGUAAAGACCAUCGACCAGUUUGAAUAUGACGGUUGUGACAAUUGUGAGUCGUACCUCCAGAUGAAGGGGAACAGAGAAAUGGUUUAUGAAUGCACAAGUUCUUCGUUCGAUGGAGUUGUAGCCAUGAUGAGCCCUGAAGACAGCUGGGUGGCUAAAUGGCAGAGAAUAGGUAACUGCAAGCCGGGUGUAUACGCAGUGUCAGUGACAGGCAGGCUACCUCCAGGUGUGGUGAGAGAGCUGAAAAGCAGAGGAGUGAUGUACAAAUCCAGAGACACAGCAGUGAAAACAUAACUUGUUCAGUGUCCUGCUUUCUUGUCUUUGUCAACAGCACAUUUAGUCAUGUACAUCUUUUUAAUCCUGGUUUCUUUUUGUCACGAUAAACAACAAUAAAGGUCUUUUUUUUUAGUUAAAACUGUAA